AGGCCUAAUAAUGCUGUGGGGUCAAAUUGACUCAACACCGGUUCUGGGCCAGCAUGCGUAGUCUCCGUGCGCACUGGCUUGAAGCUGAUCACGGAAAUAGCAAUCUGGGACACUUCUUUUAUCACAAGGCCAGUGUUAUUGACUUAUUACACCGGCUUUGGGGAAGGGGAAGGGAAGUAACUCACGCGUGUGAGUGGCAGCCAGUAUGGCAACUGGGGACGACAGCAACAUGAUGAAUACACCACCCCCAGGGCCUAGCGCUUCUUACCCUCAAGACAAUGUGCAGAUGUUACAGAAGGUAACCAUGGCUAUCAGCCAGAUGGAAGAGAAAGGAAUGCAAGGAGACCCAAGAUAUGAUCAACUGAUGGUCAUGGCUAACAGAGCCAAAAACAUGCCAGGCGGGCCUGGACCACAUGGUAUGCAAGGGGGACCAGGUGGGCCUGGAAUGGCUGGCACCCCUCCUCAUGGAAUGACCAUGGGACCACAGUCACAAGGAAUGCAAGGGCCUAUGCCAGGAAUGCACCAAGGUCCACAGGGAAUGGGAGGACCACCAGGGAUGUCAGGUGGUCCAAUGCCAGGAAUGGGUGGCCCACAACCAGGAAUGACUGCUUCCCAACAAGGGAUGGGUGGAUCUCAAUCUGGGAUGGGUGGGCCUGGUGGCCCACAGCAAGGAAUGGGUGGAGGGCAGAACAUAAAUGGAGGAUCUCAACAAGGCAUGAAUGGUGGCCCACAGCAAGGUAUGCCAGGAGGUCCCCAACAGGGCAUGCCUGGUCCUCCAGGUAUGCAGGGACCUGGAGGCAUGCCCCACGGAGGAAUGGGUGGUCCUGGUCCCAACAUGCCGGGCAAUAUGGCCUCACAGAACAUGGGAGGACCCAACGACGGGCCAAUGGGGGCACCAGGCAUGAACAUGCCUCCCAACAUGAACAAUCCCAACGUGCCAACAAGUAGUACAUCGAUGUCACAACCAUCAUCCAACAUGGGUGGCCCCUCAGUACCCAAUACUAGCGGUAGUGGUGGAGCUAUGAACACAACCAUGGCUGGCCCUGGUAUGAACUCUGGACCUGGGCCUAUGGGACCUGUUUCAGGGAACAUGGGGAUGGGACCAAACAUGCCACCGCACAACAUGGAGGGGAAUCAAGGGCAAGGUAAGAUCCAAGGAAGUGCCCCUCAAGGAAUGCCCCCUGGUCAGAUGCCCCCCGGAGGACCCCGCCCAACUGCCUUCAGCUCCGCACAGCUCCAUCAAUUGCGAGCACAGAUCAUGGCCUACAAGUUACUAGCUCGCAACCAGAUCAUCCCGGACACACUCCGGUUAGCUGUGGAGGGUAAGAGGCCACUGGGACCAUUUCCUAGACCAGCAGAUCCUCACCAGAUGCAGCAGAUGAGGAUGCAGCAUCAGCAGCAGCAACAACAACAACAGCAGCAACAGCAGCAGCAGCAGUCACAACAGUCAUCUGAUCCAUCACAGCAGCCACAACAAAUGCAGAUGAGGGCAAUGUCAAGCACUGCCCAGCCUAAUGGAGCACCACCCCCAACAUCAACACCUGAUAGUGGCGCUUCAACACCCAGACCCACCCAGCCUAGUCAGCCCCCACCACCUUCAGUGCAAGCCAUGAUGGCCCUUCAACAGAAGCAGAACCGUAUUGCACCUGUAGCUAAACCACAAGGACUGGAUCCUAUUGAGAUGUUGAGUGAGAGAGAAAACAGACUUGCUGCUCGUAUCGGGUCUCGGAUCCAGGAACUCAGCAAGAUGCCUGCCACCAUGCCUGAAGACAUGAGAUGCAAGGCCAUGAUAGAGCUCCGGGCUCUCAGACUGCUCAACUUCCAAAGACAGCUGAGAACUGAUGUUGUGUCAUGCAUGAGACGCGACACCACUCUAGAAACGGCUCUCAACACCAAGGCGUACAAGCGCAGCAAGCGACAGUCACUGAGAGAAGCCCGUAUAACUGAGAAGCUUGAGAAACAACAGAAGGUGGAACAGGAGAGGAAGAAGAGGCAGAAACAUCAGGAAUAUCUGAAUGCUGUGCUACAACAUGCCAAGGACUUCAAGGAGUUCCACAGGAAUGUGACGGCCAAGAUCAGCAAGUUGAACAAGGCUGUGAUGACGUACCACGCAAACACCGAGCGGGAGCAGAAGAAGGAGCAGGAGAGAAUAGAGAAAGAGCGUAUGAGACGUCUCAUGGCUGAAGAUGAAGAAGGUUACCGUAAGCUGAUUGAUCAGAAGAAAGACAAGCGCUUGGCCUACCUUCUCCACCAGACUGACGAGUACAUCGACAAUCUAAUGAAGUUGGUCCACGAACACAAGGAAGAUAUCCGCAAGAAGAAGAGGCACAGGAUUAAGAAGAAGAAGAGGCCCAAGACACCCAAGGAAGGGCAGAGUGGCGAUGCCCUUAAGGAAGGGGGCCUGGACGAGAGCUCCAACAUGAGUGAGAUACAUGCAACCGUCAAGGAGACGGCUACUGGGAAACUGUUGACCGGGGAGGAUGCUCCCACUGCUGGUCAACUUGACGCUUGGCUAGAACUGCACCCUGGUUAUGAGGUGGUGCCGACAGAAGGGGGAGAAGAUGAUGAAAAUUCAGAUGAAGAAGAGUCAGAUGAGGAGUCUGAAGCUGACGAGCCACUGCCGCCACCUUCAAUAUUGACUGAGAAUAGACCUGGGACUAAAGCCACAAGCCCAGAAAACCUAGAUGAGGAGACUGCCAACCAGAUUAUACAACAAGCAUCUACUAAGGAUGAGGAUGAUGAGUACAAGAAUCUUGAAAACUACUAUGGUGUUGCUCACACCGUCAGAGAGAAGGUGUUCGAACAAGCGUCCAUCUUGGUCAAUGGAACAUUGAAGGAGUACCAGGUGAAGGGUCUAGAAUGGCUCGUCUCCCUGUACAACAAUCACCUGAAUGGUAUCCUUGCUGAUGAGAUGGGUCUAGGAAAGACCAUUCAGACCAUUGGUCUUAUCACAUACCUCAUGGAAAGAAAGAGAGUUAACGGACCAUUCCUCAUCAUUGUACCAUUGUCAACUUUGUCCAACUGGAUCAUAGAGUUCGAGAAGUGGGCCCCCUCUGUUAUCAAGAUCCCAUACAAGGGAUCACCACUGGUCAGGAGAAACAUUGCCCCACAAUUGAAGGGAGGCAAGUUUAAUGUGCUCCUAACAACAUAUGAGUACAUCAUCAAGGACAAGGCCAUUCUGUCCAAGUUGCGCUGGAGGUACAUGAUCAUCGAUGAAGGUCAUCGUAUGAAGAACCACCACUGUAAGCUGACCCAGGUCCUGAACACCCACUACAUCGCCCCCCACAGACUGCUGCUCACAGGGACCCCACUCCAGAACAAAUUGCCAGAGUUGUGGGCCCUUCUGAACUUCCUCUUGCCAUCCAUCUUCAAAUCCUGUGCCACAUUUGAGCAGUGGUUCAACGCUCCUUUCGCCAUGACAGGAGAGAAGGUUGAGUUGAAUCAGGAAGAGACACUGCUCAUCAUCCGACGUCUCCACAAGGUGCUUCGACCCUUCCUACUGAGACGGCUGAAGAAGGAGGUGGAGUCUCAGCUACCUGAGAAGGUUGAGUAUGUGAUCAAGUGUGAGAUGUCGGCUCUACAGCGCUUCCUGUACCGACACAUGCAACACAAGGGUGUCCUGCUCACAGAUGGAUCUGAGAAGGACAAGAAGGGCAAGGGAGGAGCCAAGCUUCUGAUGAACACCAUCAUGCAGCUGAGAAAGAUCUGUAACCAUCCAUUCAUGUUUCAUCACAUUGAGGAGGCCUUUGCAGAGACAGCAGGAUCACAGGGCGGAAUUGUCACUGGCCCUGAUCUGUACAGAUCUUCUGGAAAGUUUGAGUUGUUGGACAGAAUGUUGCCAAAACUGAAGUUACGUAACCACCGAGUCUUGCUGUUCUGUCAGAUGACAUCUCUGAUGAGCAUCAUGGAGGACUAUUUUGUAUACAGAGGUUUCCGGUACCUGCGUCUUGAUGGAACAACCAAGUCUGAGGAUCGAGGUCACCUCCUACACCUGUUCAACCAACAGGACUCCCCCUACUUCGUGUUCCUGCUGAGUACCAGGGCUGGAGGUCUCGGUCUCAACCUUCAGGCUGCCGACACAGUCAUCAUCUUCGACUCCGACUGGAACCCUCAUCAGGACUUGCAAGCCCAGGAUCGAGCUCAUCGUAUCGGUCAGAAGGCAGAGGUGCGUGUCCUGCGUCUCAUGUCAGUCAACAGCGUGGAGGAGCGCAUCCUAGCUGCAGCCCGCUACAAGCUGAACGUGGAUGAGAAGGUCAUCCAGGCGGGCAUGUUCGACCAGAAGUCCACUGGCUUUGAAAGGAAACAGUUCCUGAACGAGAUUCUCAUGAAUGAACAAAAUGGAGAAGAGGAAGAAGAUGAGGUUCCUGAUGAUGAGACCAUCAACCAGAUGUUGGCCAGAAGCGAGGAUGAGUUUGAGGUCUAUCAGAAAAUGGACAUUGAGCGACGUCGUAACGAGGCCAGAGAUGGAGGGAAGAGGAAGCCACGACUGAUGGAAAUUGAUGAACUGCCAUCUUGGAUUACCAAGGAUGAGGAAGAGGUUGACCGACUGACGUGCGAGGAGGAGGAAGACAAGCUCUUCGGCCGUGGGUCUCGCCAGAGGAAGGAGGUUGACUAUUCAGAUCAGCUCACAGAGAAGCAGUGGCUUCGGGCUAUUGAAGAUGGGAACCUGGAUGAAGUGGAAGACAAGAAGCGAGUCACCAAGAAAGGUCGUAAGAGGAAGCCAGUGGAUGAUGAUAUGGAGCAAACGCCAAAAAUUAAGAAGAGGCGAGGUCGACCUCCAGUAGAGAAAAUGACCCCAAACCCACCAAAACUGACAAAGAGGAUGAAGAAAAUACUUGAUGUUGUGAUAAACUACAAGGACAGUGAUGGCCGAGUAUUGAGCAGUAUGUUCAUGCAGCUGCCAUCAAAGAAGGAGCUCCCUGAAUACUACGAAAUUAUCAGGAAAGCUGUCGAUUUCAGAAAGAUUAAGCAACGCAUCGUCGACCACAAGUACCGCAGUAUAGAUGACUUAGAGAAUGAUGUCAUGUUGUUGUGUAAAAAUGCCCAGGCUUACAAUGUGGAGGGAUCAGUGAUCUAUGAGGACUCCAUCGUGCUACAGUCAGUAUUUACAAGUGCUAGAGAGAGGUUGGAGAAGGAGGGCAUGGUGUCCUCGGAUGAGAGCGGAGCAAGUGAGGAGGAGGAGGACAUCGAUGACAAAGACGACCAAGACGAUGACGCUGAUGAUGAUGACAGUCAGCAUGUGAAGAAACAUAAACUGUCCAAAGAAAGCAAAAAGACUCCAUCAAGUAGCAAGCAACGAGGGCCCAAACCGAGGAAGGCAAAGGCUAAGCCCAUCAUCAGUGAUGAUGAAUCGGAAGAUAGUGACUCUGAUGAUGAAGAGGUGAUGCCAUCACGCAGCUCAACGCGAACAUCGUCCCCGAGUCCAGGACAUCGGAAACGAUGAGAAUAGAAUCAUCCUAGUAGCUUCUAUCUGUCUUACUGUAACAUAACAUAUGUGUCUUGUAUCGUAUCUCGGUGAGGGAUGGAGGGCACUGUCGUCUCCAUGGGAAUCACUAUCGCCUCCAUAUUCGUAACACUUACGAAAAUCGUCAGUAAACUGAAGGAGGCAAUCUUGCUUCAAAUUAGACUGAUUAAUUAAAUGUACAAAAGAGAAAAUUGGUCUGGAAUGAUUUUAUGAUUAUUUUACAACGUCCUGGAAAGGUGUGCUUCUAUAUUGACUUGUUUCCUUGUUGUAGAAAUUAGCAGAAGUAUACUUUGGGGUUAUUUACUAGUAUUGCUUAAAGUUCAUGUAAGUAUCUCUGAAUGUAGUGAACAUCCAAUGAUUGUAGUGUUCUAUGUUUCCUUUCACUUUCAUUCUGUCACCUAGUUUAUUCUAUACACAAUUCAGUCACCAGUUAUUAUUGAGGCUUGGUUUCAUUCACAUUCACAUGGAUUAUUACAUUUAUUGGCUAUGAAUUGAAUCAGAAUACUGAAGGCAUUGAUCAGAUAUUUACUGUGCUUUUUUCCAUUUUCAUGUAGUUAGCAAAAAUCAUCACUUAAAAAAUAAACAUGAUGUAUGUAACCUUCAA